GGUAAGAGGAGAAGCCACACCCCUGUGAAACAGCAAGCACAUUAAAAGCUCCCCUGUUACGUGUUCUCCCUCACACCAAGCAAACAGCUCCACACACGUAUCAUGAUGACAACACUGGAUAUGAUGAACAACAGCAAGAUAGACAGACAGAGCAUGGACAGACAAUGUGAAUCCAACAGCCCCAGACCUAUUACAAAUGAUGACACACCUCGCUCUCUUGGCUUCUGCGGCUGGUUUUUCAUCAUCCUCUCUAUCAUUUUCACCGUAUCAAUGCUUCCUAUAACCAUAUUUAUGUGCAUCAAGAUUGUGCAGGAGUAUGAGAGAGCUGUGAUCUUUCGUUUGGGUCGCAUCAUGGACAGAAAACCGAAAGGGCCAGGAAUGUUUUUCGUGUUGCCCUGCACUGAUACCUUCACAAAGGUGGACUUGAGAUCUAAGUCAUUUGACAUUCCACCUCAAGAGAUUCUGACCAAGGACUCUGUGACAGUGUGUGUGGACGGUGUGGUUUACUUCCGGGUCAGUGACCCCAUCUCUUCUGUGGCUAACGUGAUAAAUGCUGACCUGUCCACUCGUCUGUUGGCCCAGACCACCCUGAGGAAUGUCCUGGGCACUAAAAACCUAUCAGAGGUUCUGUCUGACAGAGAGAGCAUCUCCCACAACAUGCAGUGUGCUCUGGAUGAGGCCACACAUCCAUGGGGUAUCAUGGUGGAGCGCGUGGAGAUUAAGGACGUCAAACUCCCUCAGCAGCUCCAGAGAGCAAUGGCAGCGGAAGCGGAAGCUUCAAGAGAGGCUCGUGCCAAGGUGAUAGCAGCAGAGGGAGAGAUGAAUGCCUCGCGGGCUUUAAAGGAGGCCUCUAUGGUGAUUGCUGAGUCACCUUCAGCCCUGCAGCUCCGCUACCUCCAAACACUCAACACCAUCGCAGCCGAGAAGAACUCCACCAUCAUCUUCCCUCUGCCCAUUGACCUCCUACACCCCUUCAUGUCCAGAAAAUAAUAUUAGAUUCAGUCUGAAAAAACAAGCCUGUUGGUUUGGCUGUAAGGGUUUUAUCUUGGUUUUGCACUAGAGUAUCGAGGCUAAUGUAGCAGAAAAGUAAUGGAAGUAUGUUACACAAAAGCUUUUGGCUGAUGUAGACUUCUAUUAUGUUAGCAUCAUAGAUCAAAUGCAAAACUGAAAACGAAAACUUUGGGCACCAAAUAUGUCUGUCUUGGAAACACGAUCUUUUAGGUAAUCAUCUGUUAAAACCCUCAGGAGGCAAAGAAAGGUCAUUUAUUUUUACUAUUUUAACAAUUAUUAUUUAUUUAUAGGCUGUCACAUGAGUGUACUGUGUUAAAGACUGUACUGUGAUUCUCUUCAAUCAGAUAUUGUAUUUUUCUUUGCUGUGUUGUUUACUAGUUUUGUUUAUUAGUUUUAUUUACUGAAACACAGUGGAACAUUUUUAGCUAGCUCUAAUCAAUAAAAAGCUACUGUAUAAUCAGAAAUCCACAAGGUGUUAAACAGGAACACCAAUGAUAAAGUAUAGUCAUAUUCUUUAUAUAUAUAUAGUCAUAUAAUCAUAUUGUUGGUGUCUAAAGAAAAUAUCCAUAAUGUCAACUUAACACCAAAAAGCAAAUACAUUUUUACCAUUUAAUGGAA